AUGGAAAAGUUGGUGCAUGAGGUGGAGAACAUAAUCGGACAUAGGUUCAAGAACAAGAAGCUUAUAGAACAAGCCCUGACCCACUCCUCGUUCCCGAAUGCUGUCUGCUAUGAGCGCCUUGAGUUCAUAGGUGAUAGUGCUUUGGGCUUUUCUAUGGGCAAUCACUUGUUUCUCACUUAUCCCAACAUUGAACCUGGCCAACUCUCUCUUCUCCGUGCUGCUAACGUCAGCACGGAGAAGCUAGCUCGUUUGGCCAUUCGCCAUGGCUUCCACCGCUGCAUCCGUCAUAAAGCCCCUUAUCUUUUUGACAAGGUAGAUGAGUUUGUGGAAGUUGUAGGUGAAAAGGAUGACUCUAUUUCCUAUGGUGGUUCGGUUAAAGCUCCCAAGAUUCUUGCCGACAUUGUUGAAUCUAUAGUGGGUGCUGUUUUAAUCGAUGUUAAAUUUAAAUAUAAAAAAUUUUGGAAGAUAAUUAAACGUCUUAUGGAGCCCAUAGCGACGCUAGAUGAUCUGGAGCAACAACCUCAACCAGUGACAAUGCUCUUCGACUUGUGCCAAAAGAAAGGGAAACUGAUAGACAUCAAGCACCGAAGGAAGGGUGAAAAAAGCAUUGCUAGAGUCUUCGUUGAUGGAGAAUUUGUUGCAUCCGCUUCCUCUGAGCAGAGGGACAUUGCAAGGCUUGACGCUGCCAAGAUUGCCUUGCAUAAACUAGCAAAUAUAAUGCCUAUUGGAACUAAGAUUCUCGAUUUUUUUGCUUGCAUUGAUAGUACCUUUGAGAUUAAACAAGCCAAACAAAAGUUACACGAGCUUUGUGCAAUAAAAAGAUGGCCUAACCCAGUAUACAGGUAA